AUUAAAAGUGCGCUUGAUGAGAUCAAUAAAUUGCCAUCCGGCGCUUCAUUUUCAUACCGUGCACUUACAAAAAAACACGGUUGUUGGCGCUCAACUUUGACACGUCAACACAAGCAUCAAGUUGUGUCGCAUGAACAGAAGUCAGUCAACCAGCGACUCCUCCACCCACGCGAUGAAGAAGAACUCGUACUAUACAUUUGUAGCCUUACUGAACGAUUCCUUAUGCCUACAAGGCAAAUGAUACAAAAUUUUGCGACUCCUCUUGCUGGAAGAGAGCCCUCA